GGGGAGAGCUGCCGGCCGCCCCGCUCCGCCGAGCCCAGCAGGAAGGAGGGCGCGAGCGGGCGAGCGCGGGCGGCGCGAGCGGAAAAAAAGCGCCCGCGCGGGAAGCGAAAAGAAGGAAAGAAAGAAAGAAAACGGGCGCGAGAGGAGGGAAAAGCCAGCGAUCGAGCGAGGGCGCGCGCGGAAAACUCCCCGGCAGGUGUGCUAAUGGCAUUGUGAUUAUAUAGGAGAAUGCCGUUAUUCCUGGGGGACAGCAGCUGAAGCGUUUAGAGGUACACACAGUUUUGCCUCCUUCACUGCAUCAUUUUGCGGCAAAUCUUGAGUAUUACAUUACUUCCACUUUCAUUUGGACCCUUGGAUGCCCACUGAACAGAUGCUUGAGACCUGCAAGUAAUUUUCAGACCGUAGCGGAACCAUAAGGCCUGUCCAUUGCGUGGGGAGAAGACAGCCCGUGUUCUGUGGAAAUGAACGGGGAGCAGCAGCUUGAUGCAGAUGCUGGAUCUGGUGUGGAAGAAGUGGAGUUAAGCUGGGAAGAUUACCUAGAAGAGACAGGGUCCGCUGCAGUACCCUACGGAUCUUUUAAACAUGUGGACACACGCUUGCAAAAUGGCUUUGCUCCUGGGAUGAAGCUGGAGGUGGCUGUGAAAACAGACCCUGAAACCUACUGGGUUGCCACCAUCAUCACCACCUGUGAGCAGUUGCUGCUGCUCCGCUACGAUGGCUAUGGCGAGGACCGGAGGGCGGACUUCUGGUGUGACAUCAGGAAGGCCGGCCUCUACCCCAUUGGGUGGUGUAAGCAGAACAAGAAGACCCUUGAAGCCCCGGAAGGCAUCAGAGACAAAGUGUCUGAUUGGGAUGAGUUUCUGCGGCAGACCCUGGUGGGAGCGUGUAGCCCUCCUGUUCCCCUGCUAGAGGGCCUCCGUAAUGGGAGGAACCCUUUAGAUCUCAUUGCCCCGGGUUCCAGGCUAGAGUGUCAAGCUUUCCGGGACUUGUUGAGCACUUGGAUCGUUACGGUAGUAGAGAACAUCGGAGGAAGGCUGAAGCUGCGCUAUGAAGGACUGGAAAGUUCUGACAGUUUUGACUUUUGGUUGUAUUACUUGGAUCCAUUUCUUCAUCACGUUGGUUGGGCUGCUCAACAGGGAUAUGAGCUUCAGCCCCCAUUAGCCAUCCAGCAUCUAAAGAAUGAAGCUGAGUGGCAGGAGAUCCUGGCAAAAGUGAAAGAGGAGGAGGAAGAGCCAUUGCCAUCGUACUUAUUUAAGGACAAACAAGUGAUUAGCACUCAUUCAUUCUCUGUAAAUAUGAAAUUGGAAGCUGUGGACCCCUGGUCUCCUUUUGGGAUCUCUCCUGCUACGGUUGUUAAGGUUUUUGAUGAGAAGUACUUCCUGGUAGAAAUGGAUGAUUUGCGACCAGAGAAUCACGCACGGCGAUGUUUUGUGUGUCAUGCUGACAGUCCCGGUCUUUUCCCCGUGCAGUGGAGUCUGAAGAAUGGUUUACACAUCAGCCCCCCUCCCGGCUACCCGGGCCAGGACUUUGAUUGGGCUGACUACCUCAAACAGUGUGGUGCCGAAGCUGCUCCCCAGAGGUGCUUCCCCCCGUCAAUUACUGAGCAUGAAUUUAAGGAGAAUAUGAAGCUUGAGGCAGUGAACCCUCUUCUCCCCGAAGAAGUGUGCAUUGCCACCAUUACUGCAGUGAGAGGCUCCUACGUAUGGCUCCAGCUGGAGGGUUCUCAGAAGCCCAUACCUGAAUGUAUUGUGAGUGUGGAAUCCAUGGAUAUAUUUCCUUUGGGCUGGUGUGAAACCAAUGGCCAUCCCCUCAGCGCCCCUCGCCGAGCACGAGUCCAGAAACAGAGGAAAAUUGCAGUGGUUCAACCAGAAAAACAAAUACCAUCCUCCAGGACUGUCCAUGAGGGCCUGAAGAAUCAGGAGCUGAACUCCACAGACUCAGUUAUGAUCAAUGGAAAAUACUGCUGUCCAAAGAUAUACUUCAACCACCGUUGCUUCUCAGGGCCAUAUCUGAACAAAGGAAGAAUCGCUGAGCUGCCUCAAUGUGUAGGACCUGGGAACUGUGUUCUAGUCCUCAGAGAGGUCCUCACUUUACUUAUCAAUGCAGCCUAUAAACCCAGUCGUGUCCUUCGGGAGCUGCAGCUAGACAAAGACUCUGUGUGGCAUGGAUGUGGGGAGGUCCUAAAAGCCAAAUACAAAGGAAAGAGUUACCGGGCUACUGUUGAGGUAGUGAAGACAGCGGACCGGGUGACCGAGUUCUGCCGGCAAACCUGCAUCAAACUGGAGUGCUGUCCUAAUCUCUUCGGCCCACGGAUGGUUCUGGACAAGUGUUCUGAGAACUGCUCUGUGCUUACAAAGACCAAAUAUACACACUAUUAUGGAAAGAAGAAAAAUAAAAGAAUCGGAAGGCCACCUGGUGGGCAUAGUAACUUAGCAUGUGCCCUGAAAAAAGCCAGUAAGAGAAGGAAGAGACGGAAAAAUGUUUUUGUCCAUAAGAAGAAACGCUCCUCUGCAUCUGUUGAUAACACCCCAGCGGGCUCGCCCCAGGGAAGUGGAGGUGAAGAUGAGGAUGAUCCAGAUGAAGGCGAUGAUGAUUCCCUAAGUGAGGGCAGUACAUCUGAGCAACAGGACGAGCUACAGGAAGAGUCAGAAACGUCCGAAAAAAAGUCAUGCUCUUCCUCUCCCACCCAAAGUGAGAUAUCUACAUCGCUGCCUCCAGACAGACAACGGAGAAAAAGGGAGCUUCGCACUUUUUCAUUUUCUGAUGAUGAGAAUAAACCUCCUUCACCAAAGGAAAUAAGGAUUGAAGUUGCUGAAAGGCUUCAUCUGGACAGUAACCCCCUGAAGUGGAGUGUGGCAGAUGUUGUUCGGUUCAUCAGAUCCACCGACUGUGCUCCAUUAGCAAGAAUAUUUCUAGACCAGGAAAUUGAUGGGCAGGCCCUAUUGCUCCUUACCCUUCCCACUGUUCAAGAAUGCAUGGACUUAAAAUUGGGCCCUGCCAUCAAACUCUGCCAUCACAUAGAGAGGAUCAAGUUUGCUUUCUAUGAGCAGUUUGCCAACUGAGAAGGACAACCAAAGUGAGCUGUGUCUUUGAAGCACAAAUGCAGCGAAUCCUUCUCCCCACUCUACAAGUGGCGCUGACACGGUCCUGGGGCUCCGGGCCCUGCAGACGUCGGCUUGCUCUCUUUGCACUUUCAGGGAAGGAGGACCCACACUGAGGAAGCAAACACUGCACAGAAGUGGCUCUCCUGCCAGUGGAAAUGUGGGCAUCUGUUGGUCAGCAGAUUGCAGUUUUAAAAAAAAUAAAGGUUGUGAAGAAAAGACUCCUGUAAGAAGAAUAAGCAUUUCCAGUGGUGUGGCCUGAAAACAAAGAAUAAUCUAGGCUGCUGGAAAGCAUCCUUAUGGUUGUUUUCUUUUUGUUCUGUUCCUUCCCAUUGUAGAGUGAACUUUGUUCUCUGCUUUCCCUUUCUUGGAAAGAGAGGACAUAGCUUUAAGUCAGCACUGAUUUGGGACUGUGCCUAAGGCACAUCAGUGCUUCAUUGUCAUUGUGUUUUUAAGCUUUUUUAAAUUAAAACAGUUCAUUUUGGGGAUGA